ACCUUACACAAACCAACCUCUAGUAUAAGGAACGAGUACCUGGUUGGGUGCUUACGGCUAUAGACUUGUAGUACGAUAUGGCUUACUUUCGAAAAGCUAGUGGGAAGUUGGAAUACGGUGGAAAUUGGUCGAGAUGAGGUAAUUAGUACUCACUCACUCGCACUUAAGAAUGGGUUAUAAACUGAUGUUUAAAUUUCGAAUACACCAACUUCUUUCGCUUAUGAUGCUACGAUGUACCCUUGGCCGGCUCCAUAUCCCACCAGGUGGGCUGCGAAGAUACUAUGCGGCUCCUGUUAUUAAAGAAUGGUUUGAAUCGGAAAUAAUCACAGAUCGAAAGUCCAGAUUUCAAGCUAGACAUACACCACUAACUGAUCCCGAUGAAAUACCAAUUAUCCUAGAACAGUUUAUGAGUGAGCAUAAGAAUAUUGCCAAGUCGGCAUCUCAUCCUCAUAUGAUAGCUUGGAGGUGUGGGACGAUCGAACAGAAAGAGGAAGAAAUAACCCCAACGAAGGGGAAAAAGAAAAACAAGCCGUCGGUGAUCACCACAACAAGCUAUUCCAAUGUUCAGCAGGGGUUUAAAGAUAAUGGUGAAAAAGGUGCCGGGUCACGAAUAUUGGAACAAGUUCUAGUUCCAAACAAUAUAAUGAAUGUACUUGUCAUUGCCACCCGUUGGUACAACGGGAACCCAAUUGGUUCCCUGAGGUUUAGGCACAUCGUCAACACCUCAUUCGAUAGUCUUCGAAAGGCGAACAGGUUGUAGAGCAUGUAAAUAGCGUUAAUACAAAAUUGUUGCAACCUUUAUAUUUGGUGUGUACGGGUGUAAUAGUGUUCCGCACGUGACUCGCUGCAAUUAAUUUAGAGUAUUGAUCC